AUGAGUGAGUGCCUGAAAUCUCAAGUGCCAGAUAAAGAAUCCAUGAAGUAUGCAAUCAUUUCACACAACAUUGACUUCGUUGCAUUCUUGUAUAAUGAACACAAGAUUGGAAUCGAUCUCGCAUCAUGCUGCAAGUAUUGCAAUGUGCAAGCAUUCCUAAUGCAUUACGCUUUGGAAAAUGAUACUGAUGAAUGCUUUGUCUAUUCCCCAUCAUUUAUGAGUCUUCCUCUGUGCGAGUAUUUCAUAAAGAAAGUCGGAAAUAUCAACAAGAAGGGCAAAAGCGACUGUGGAGCUCUCAAUAUCGCAUCUGCUAAUAACUUCAUAGAAGUUGUUGAGAUUCUACUAAAAAAGGGAGCAUUCACCAAUGUGAAAGAUAGUAAUGGAAAUGGUCCCCUCCACAAUACAGCUCUGAAUAAUUGCAAGGAGUGCGCAGAAAUUCUUCUUUCGCAUGGAAUGAAACCUAGUGUCAAGUGA